AUGUCCGCGCCUGCGCGCCAGUUUCAGGGUCUUUCGAUUCGUGGCUCUGCGGAGACAGAGACAGCUUCGAGACCUACACCAGGCGGAGCACAGGGAGGGGCAACAACAACAAUGGGAAGAGGAAAGAUCAUAGAUACGGCUGCCAUUGAGGCUCCCUCGGGACUCGUCUACGAUCUUGACAAUUCCGCAUUCGACGUUGAAAUGAAGUCGAGGGCGCUCCUGGGCUUGACGACGGACUUUGACGUUUUAUUCUGUGGGCUUGAGGGUUCGGGGUAUGAGUUUGUUUUUGCAGAACGUGUACGGGUUCGGAUUGAGCUUCAGACUCACCUCGACGGAGAGAAGCACAUGGCUGGUAUGAACGAUGCCGGGAACAGAUAUACGUGUACCUGUGCCGUGUUUCGGUCGAGGGCUGAUGUGGCUUGUCAACAUAUUUUCUGGCUUCUCGAUCAGCUCCGGGGUCAAUUUAUCUCCGCCUCUCCUCCUUCCCCAGUUCUACUCACCAGCGACGGACACGCUCAGGGGUUUUCACGGAUCGAACAGCUUCUCUCCAAAGAUACAAUAACGAUGACACUACAAGAUCUUGCGGAGGAACUCAACUGGUCAUAUUUCCGUUCCGUGGGGAAAGAAGGUGGUAUGAGUCGGACGCAGAGGGUACGGGACAUUCUGUCCGCGUUUAGCACCGACGUCCUCCCCGACAGGUUCCGGAUAGAUUUGGCAGAGCCCGAAGAUGAGAAUGGCCGUGUUCUGCAAGUAAGGACACCGGAACAGUGCGUCGUGCAGGGAGACUUCGAAGCGACGCUCUUCCGCCUCGCCGUGCAUGAUGAUAACGUGUUCACGAGUCUCUGCAAGGCCAUGCCCCCGGGUGCCUGCGCAGCGAUAUACUUUGACAAAGCGCGUGAGGGGUUAAGGGGUGCGCUUUUUAGAUUUGACAAAUACUGUCAGACACUCGGGCAAUCCAAGAACGACGAAGGCGAUCCUUCAGCAUGUUUGGGUACUAUUUUUGAAACCCUACAGACAGACGCCCUCAAUAUCCACAAAAAUAUUCACGCCCGAGCACCACACGGCCUCCAAGGUGCUGCCAAAGCUCUUACCUACCUCUUAGAAGAAAUAACCACCCGCAACAAAGAUCCCCUUGCUGAUAACCAAUACGGCCGGACUGCGUUUUCAGGCGAGGACGAAGACUCGCGGAACCUGUACCACCAGCUCGUCGGGAAGACGGACAACGACAACAACGCAGGCGAUUACUUCGUCCUUAAUGCUUUGGAAGAUCUAGCCGGUGAGGACUUAUACCCAUUCAAAGAGAGACUGGAGGCGGUUCUACAUAGGGUUGAGGUCAACCGAGCGCCAAAAGGUUUCAUAUUGAAGCUAGCUGGGAUCGUUCGUGCUGCAAAGAUGGGCAUUACUAGGAAACGCGCUACUAGGGCUGGGGACGGAGAGAGGGAUGGUGAGAGGGGUCGGAAGAGGAUGAGAUGA